UGACAAGGACGAGGCAAAUCGUGGCAACGGAAACGCUGUGUGCGCGAGUCGAGCUAAGGUUAAUGGUUAUCAAACAGAGGCAAUUUCGCUUGCUUACAGUCUGCUUUCGGGUUCCGAUACCAGUGUUUGCCACAGAGCUUACAACCAACCCCACCACCUACUUCACGUCCACUAUAAGAUCAAACACCAUACUAACUCCUACUACUACUACUACUAUUACUCUUACUCUAUAAAAGCAAUCUUUUACUAACCCCAGUCGCCAGCAAUAGGAUGACUGGGGCUGAAGGUGCGUAUAGUUCUCGCCAACCCAUUUUUUAUAGGAGUCAGAGAGGCCGGCCAUGCCACUCUCUAUCCAUCGUGCGCUAAACGGUAUGAGGCAUACUAUUGUUUUGCUAAGCUUUCAUUUCCUGUACUCUCAUGCACCAUCGUUGGCUAGGCUAGCUUUUAUAAGAAUCUAUAUUAAACCUUGUAAUAAUGAUGAAGAUGAUGAUAAUACGCAUAUUACACUUGCAUACCGCAAAGCACUGAUUCUUCGAACUACUGACACAUACCGAACCCCUUGCAAACCGUGGCAUCCACAGACAGGCAGGCGAGCGUGUAGAGGGGGGUUUACAAUAAUUCAGUCACUCCUGACGAGCAGCAAAUCGAAGACAAAUAAGAAGUGAAACUAUCGAACAAAUGGUCAUUCAAUAGCACACACGAUUCCCUUACCAGCCCGAAAGUGGGUUGGGUUUGGUUUGACCAUCCGGGAAAGUAAAGUACAAAAAAAGAACGGAAAUAACAAACAAAAAAAGAAGAGAACAAAAAACCGGAAUCGGAAACGGAAAUUAAUAGCAAGAAAGAGGCAACGUUAAGUCAUGGUGGAAAUGAAAGUGUCAAGAAUGCUGAAUGCGCUUUUGCUGAAAAUUAGAGAAACGGUAUAGAAUAGAGAGAAAAGUAGAUGGAGCCAGAGCCAGCAGCACUUAUCUUGUGUCAGGGGACUACACUGGUGGUAUAACUCGGCUUGCAGUGUUGUAUUAUAUAGAAACCCCGACCCGGAAAAAUAAUCGACAGAAAAACUGGACAGGCGUGACGAAGGAACUCGAAAGAAUAGAAGAAAAAAAUAACCUUACACGAAAAUCGCGCGAAACAGCAGAAUCAUUGAGAGAGUUGAGAGAACAAAGUAAUAGUUGAAAAGAAAAAUAAAACCGAUAAAAUGAUUAAACAGUAAGU